AUGUGUCUUCGAAGAGACAAACGUGUGACCCUGCUGCUGGCAUUCUGCCUGCUGUUGGGCACUACAUCCGCCACCAAGACAACCGAAACAGCCACCAAACCACCAGUUCCCCCUCCACCACCUCCAGAAAUACUCUUCAUCCACUUCUCACCAGAUGUCACCGCUCGGCCUCCGAUCAAUGACGUCACAGCUAUGCCUUCCCAGUAUGACGUUACCACUAGUAGGCUGCGAUCUGAGGAUUAUCUGCGCAGACGCGUUGUCUACGAAAUUGAGCCGUAUUUGGGGACGCUGCAAAAUCAGAACCAGUACCAGAGUAGUCCCAACCAGUUGUCGCUGAAUAAUCCGGAUUUUAAUGUGCUCGCUAGCAGACCUAUCAAUUAUCAGAGGCCACCUGGACAGUCGCAACCUCAACCUCAGAGACCUCAGUAUCAGCAACCUCAGAGACCUCAAUAUCAACAACCUCAGAGACCUCAAUAUCAACAACCUCAGAGACCUCAAUAUCAACAACCUCAGAGACCACAAUACCAGCAACCUCAACGACCUCAAUACCAGCAACCUCAACGACCUCAAUACCAGCAACCUCAAAGGCCUCAAUAUCAGCAUCCUCAGAGACCGGCUUACAAUCCUCCACGUUUACCUUUUGCAUCAGUUUUAUCGAGUCCUUUGAAUAGCAGGCCACGUGAAGAGGAGGUGAUCAGUUGA